UCCGACCCAGGAGUCGAGCCCGGGUCUCCUGUAUCGCGGGCGGGCAGACGCUUUACCAGCUGAGCCAUGAGGCUGAGUCCCUUGUUAACCCUGGCAUUCCAUCCAGCUCUGUGCUUUUGAAGUAGGAUACCUGGGCCGCUCCAGGAGUUCACGGUGUUGGGGUACUGACCCGUGAAGAUGAAGAGAGACCUGUGGCUUCACCCUGAAAUGUCACUUUCACCUGCAGAUUUGGGAAUGUGAUUGUCGUGUGGAUCGCCAACAGCAUAUAACACAGGGUAGAUUCCAAAGCACAGAGGAGUCUCAGAGAUGAGACUCGAGUUCAGACAGCUCCUGCUUCUGUGUGGUCGCUGUGCGGGAGCACCACCUUCCACAGGUCGGGGGCCUUGGAGAGGCGUUUCCUCGGGGUCUUGAUUGUCAUUUGGAGGAGACAGGCUGGCCCUGGACACCUCCCUCACUUGGCAAGAGCAUCGGAGGCCCCUGAGGGGACAUCUUCCAGCCCUUGAUGGUUAAAGGGCUCCUGGCUGGGUUGACACUGGGUCCUUCCGGAAGGUUGGCUUUUGGUAGACACAGGGGUGGAGGUGGAAGGCAGGACGCAUGGGCCUCUGUCAGGUGAGACCAGGCACAGCGGACCGUUGGGCAGAAGCAGUGUCAUGUCGUGGGCACUCAUAUCUGUGGCCCUGGGGAGCCCCGCUGCCUGAAUGAGUGACGAUCCAGGACAGGUGCCACCUUUAGUAGGGCAGAGCGCGUCUGUCGCUGCAGGAGACCUUGGGGGGCGGGGGCGGCGCACAGGGCGGUCCCCUUCACUUCACGAGGUUUCGUCUUCCAUCGCUUGCUGUCUGUGUAGGGUUACAUGGGAACACAUCAGGAGGGUUCCAGGCCUUCUCAGGGAUCAGUUUCUGUUCCAAGAGGGGCGGCCCUGUCCGCACCCACACCCAGAGGGCUUCCCUCGCGGCCUGCGCUGAGUGGUGCCUCCUGUCCUGCCCCGAGCCCUUGAGAGAUGGUCUCUCUUUGAUGCUGUGCACCUUGCCAGCUUGUGCGAUCUCGGGCCUCUUCAACUGCAUCACCAUCCACCCUCUGAACAUCGCGGCCGGCGUGUGGAUGAUCAUGAACGCUUCUGUCCUGCUGCUGUGCGAGGCGCCCUUCUGCUGCCAGUUCAUGGAGUUUGCGAACGCCGUGGCGGCCAAGGCGGACCGGCUGCGUUCCUGGCAGAAGGCCGUCUUCUACUGCGGGAUGGCGGUUGUUCCCAUCGUCAUCAGCCUGACCCUGACCACACUGCUGGGCAACGCCAUCGCCUUCGCCACCGGAGUCCUGUAUGGGCUGUCUGCGCUGGGCAAAAGGGGCGAUGCGAUCUCCUACGCCAGGAUCCAGCAGCAGAGGCAGCAGGGUCUCCUUGCUGAUGGGGUCUCCCUGCUGAUGGGGUCUCCUGGCUGCAGGAGGGAAGAGCUGGCUGUGUGUGGAGCAGGGUUGUUUCUCUGGCCUCUGAGGAAGCUGGUGGGUGUUGGGCAGGCCGUCCAGCUCCCGGGUCAUAGGCCAGAGUGGGCAGGUCACCUGCCGAGGUGGCCAGGGCUCGCCCGCCCUGGGGUCUGGGCUCUGUCCCCCACGGCCCUUGUCGACUCUCCGUGUCUGCCUCGAGUCUUGAGCAAUAAAGCCUGAUGGC